GAAAGAGAUAGAGAGUAUAAAGAAACUACCAUAAUAGGAAGAGUGCUACACAGAAGAUAAGAGAGAGAGAGAGAGAGAGAGAAAGAAAAAGAAAGAGACCAAGUUUUGAUUUUUACAGCGAUGGGUUGCAUCUCCUCCAAAUUACUUGCCACCACCGCGGAUUUCGAUCGAGAGAUCGAGUUCCCCACCAACGAAAACCAUGUCGUCUCCCUCACCUCCACCACCUAUGGCUUGCUCAACCUCGAACGCCACGAAGAGAAGAGCGCAUUGAAGGAAUGGAGAAGAUCACCCCAUGUUUUCGUUGUUCCCCAAUCGAAGAAGAGGGUUUCGAAAGAAGCAGCUCCAGAGAUCAUCAAUGCGUGGGAUCUGAUGAAGGAUCUCGAGGAAGAGGCGCCCAUUUGGUCUCAGAAGAAGAAACCCGCUAAACCUCACGUUUCGAUCCAUCUAUGGUCUCCGGCGAAAGCCAUUGUCGCGGCUUCGCCGAAGAAGCCGAAGAGGAAGACGCUGGGGAGGGAGAACAACAACAGCCCACUCCAGCCGAGUUCGGAAAAAUCCGAUCUCGAUUCGAAUCGGGUCUUGAAACCCUUGAAUUCGUCGGAGAAUUCGAAAUGUGUGGGGCUCAGUUCGACGAUUCCGAAAAGGAGCACUCCUUUGAGCGCAAGUACUCCUUUGAGUGUAAGCAUUCACAGGUCAGGGAAUGAUUCUUCGGUUUCUUCGUCGAGACGGAGCCUCAGCCCUCUCUUCGACCCGGAGCUUCUCGCUUCCAUGGAAAGGGAGCUCCUCCUUUUCGAUGAAGGAGAGCAGAUCAAAAAGGUGGUAGCUUCGGAACCCGGUAGUCGAAAAGCACAAGAAUCAAACUUGCUUCUCAAUUCCUUUGAAUUGAAGUGCCUGCCUGGGGGGGAAAACUCUGUUGUUCUCUACACGACAACACUGAGAGGGAUCAGAAAAACCUUUGAGGAUUGCAAUGCCGUCAGAUCGACGAUCGAAUCGCACGACGUUCGGAUUGUGGAGCGAGACCUUUCGAUGGAUUCGGGAUAUAGAGAAGAGCUCAGAAUGCUGAUGGGUACGAGGGAAGUGAAAGUCCCAGUUUUGUUUGUGAAGGGGAGAUUGAUCGGCGGAGCGGAGGAGGUGCUCAAGUUAGAAGAGGACGGGAAAAUGGGGGUUAUGUUGGAGGGGAUUGAGAGGGCCAAAGAGUGGUGCAAAGGGUGCGGAGGGGUGAGGUUUGUGAUGUGCAGGGAUUGCAACGGGAGCUGCAAGGUGUUGGAUGAGGAGGAGAAGAAGAUGGUUAAGUGUGGGGAGUGCAAUGAGAAUGGGUUGAUCCAUUGCCCGAUUUGUUGUUCAGUUUGAUUCGCUGUAGUACGAUAACCGAGUCCUACACCUUCUCUUAGUUCUUUUACUUGACUACAUAUCUUGAAAUAGGUGGUGACGGUGGGUUGAUUUAUUAAUGUCUACCCUUCCAUGCUGUUUGUGGUCUACCAACUUGGAAUUAUAUGAAACAACGUUAAUUUAGUUUGUGUUCUUCUUCUUCCGAUCAUAUCCCUUCGUACUUCGUUUGUCCGAGUCCGAGUCCCCAGACUCUUUGCAACUAUGCUUACAUGUCAUAUUUUGUAUGUAUAAUUGGCAAAUUCACCAUGAUGUAUGUAUAUUACAGCUAAUGAACUAAAACAGUUGUGACACUCCACUAGUGUGCGAAAUGCAGAAAUACUGCAUACAGCUCGCUACAUCUUUUUACAAGAAUUUACCGCACAAUGCAUAGGCUUCGCAUAUAAAGGCAUGCUGUAACCAUACCACCC